GAAAUGAUGUGUGCGUCAAACCAAAACCAGCGAUCUUAAACUCAUAACCACCAAAUCUCUGCCAAUGUCGAACGCUAUCAGAUUCUUCGAGCUCAACACCGGUGCUAAGAUCCCGUCUGUGGGUCUUGGAACGUGGCAGGCCUCUCCUGGCGUCGUUGGUGAUGCCGUCGCUGCCGCUGUUAAGUUCGGCUAUCGUCAUAUUGAUUGUGCUCAGUUGUAUGGCAACGAAAAAGAGAUUGGGACAGCUUUGAAAAAAUUAUGUGAAAAAGGUGUAGUGAAACGCGGGGAGUUGUUCAUUACCUCCAAACUCUGGUGUACUGAUCAUGACCCUCGAGAUGUACCAGAGGCACUGAACAGAACUAUACAGAGUCUGCAGCUCGACUCCGUUGAUCUGUAUUUGAUUCACUGGCCUGUACGGAUGAAGAAAGGUUCUGUUGGAGUAAGUCCAGAGAACUUUUUACCUGUAGAUAUUCCUAGCACAUGGAAAGCAAUGGAAGCACUCUAUGAUUCGGGCAAGGCACGAGCCAUAGGAGUAAGCAACUUCUCCACCAAGAAACUAGGUAAUCUCUUGGAUCUAGCUCGUGUUCCUCCUGCUGUUAAUCAGGUCGAAUGUCAUCCUUCUUGGCGACAAGCGAAGCUACGAGAGUUUUGCAAAUCCAAAAGAGUUCACCUCAGUGCAUACUACCCACUGGGUUCCCCAGGAUGGUUCAAGAGCGAUGUUCUGAAGAACCCAAUACUGAAUCUAGUUGCGGAAAGGCUUGGGAAAUCUCCUGCUCAAGUAGCACUCCGUUGGGGACUCCAAAUGGGUCACAGUGUACUUCCCAAAAGUACUAAUGAAGGAAGGAUCAGAGAGAACUUAGAUGUUUUCGACUGGUCAAUACCUGAUGACUUGUUUGCCAAGUUUUUUGAUAUUGAACAAGCUAGGCUAUUGAAUGUUUCCUUCUUUGCUCACGAGACACUGAGCCCUUAUAAGUCUGUGGAAGAAUUAUGGGACGGCGAGUCACCUAAAUGGAAUAUGCAAUCUAUAUAUAUAAAGAAAUGUUCGCCUCUCUCCCGUGAAGACACGUCAUCAAGUCGUACGUUAUGGAAGUGACACGUGUCCCAUUUUAUAUUCGGAGCCAAAAUAAAUGAAUGCAGUCAGGGGUAACCGAACCCAGCACCUCUAGCAUUGGUAAUUUCUCUUAGAACCACUAGGCCGAAGUCACUUUUUAUAAAUAUGUGGCCGCGAAAAUACUUAUUAUCGUGUCGCCUGGAAGCCCAUGCUUCUUCUGCUUGUGGCCAGGGCCGACACUGAACUGACGUCAAGAUGAAGAUCGUGAAGUUAAAAUUUUUGCUCCAAACACUUUUGCAAUGUUUCCAACCUUUAUAACUUGAUGCAUAUAAUAUAUAUCAAAAUACAUUUGUUGUACACGUUUUUAUUAGUUUUGAUUUUAAAAGAAGAUAUUUACAGUUAUAAAU